CUCUACAGCACCUUGUGCUCCACAUAGUUGAAUGGGUAUGAUCUACCUCCAGUGUGUCUCUACAGCCUUAACUCUCACUUCAGAAGCCCCAGAAAGCCCUAACUUUUGUGUGUUGCAAAUAUAAAAGGCAAGCCAUGUGAUGGAGGGACAGAAGAACAAAAGCAUUUGGAAGCAACGGGACCUCUUUUAGCUCUCUGAAGAGUUCGAGGGAAGGACGGAGUGGUGCAUUUUCCAAAGGUAGCCUGCAUGCGAUCAGAUAGGUAGCCCGGGGUGCUUCUGAGCAACUUGGUUAAACACCUAUUCUUGUGAGCAUGCCGAGCUCCAGUCUGCAGCUCCGUGCUGGUCAUUGCUGUGUGGCUUUGGAGCGAAUGGACAUGCUGGACUCUGCCCUGAAUCCGCCGGGAGAGCGCUGCUGUGCCCCGCACUCUCUUUGUCCCACUACAACCGGGCUCUAUGAAGGCGGGCAAGCCUGCUGCUUUAAAGUCGGACUGUUUACUUCUAUCACCACUUACGCCUGCCGUUCCCUUGCCAGUCAUCCGCCGGAGCGCUCAGAAUAAUUUGAAACAACAGGCAAUAUUUAUUUCUAGCUCUGCCUCUCGCGCUUCGCGGGAGCGCUCGUAAUUCGCACGUUGUUAUUUAUCCAAACUUCCGCGAGGCUUUCCAAUGGACCGGACAGCGCCGGUGGUGGAUUAGGACAGAUUUAACACGCACUCUUUAUUGGCUGAGAGCCGUGAGGAGAGCCCGGCUGCCUGGCUUUGCUGCGGUGCCCGGGGUUCGUUCGGUGGGUGCCGGUGACACGCAGCGCGGCGGGGCCGGAGCUGACACGGGAGGAUGCUGCGGGACCCCAGACCGCCCGCCGGAGGAGAGAGGGAGGCUCUCCUCCGCUCCCGGCAGAUCAUUUCCCUGUGUGUCAGCGCCAGAGGCACGAGCACCGCUGUCCGCUGUUUCUCUGGGACCAAAGAAGGAUUUCGCUGCCGUGAGCACGGUGACCGAGUGUCAGCGUAGGGUAACUGCGAGGCUCGGGGACCGACACUGCCCCGGGACAGCCCCGGCUCCCUGCUGGGAUUCAGGAGAUUCUUUGAUGGAUUGAAAUCUCAUCAGACUCCAAUUUAAGCAGAAGAAUGACAGCGCAGACGCUUAAACCUGACUUUUCACCGUCCUGGAAAGGACCUGGCUUCCAGAAUUUGGAGGGUUUUUGAUGCUCUACCUCCCUCUGCUGUUACCAGCGAGAAGUUCCUCGACAAUGGGAAAUCAUGUACUGGCGGCUUCGAUUUCCAUGCUCUCGCUCCUGGCGAUGAUGGGAGACGCGGACAGUAAAUCGGACGGCUCCUUCCUGAUCGACUCCGACCCCAGCCGCUGUAUGAGGCACCACUACGUCGACUCCAUCAGCCACCCUCUCUACAAGUGCAGCUCCAAGAUGGUGCUGCUGGCUCGCUGCGAAGGCCGCUGCAGCCAGACCUCGCGCUCGGAGCCGAUGGUUUCCUUCAGCACGGUCCUGAAGCAGCCCUUCCGCUCCAGCUGCCACUGCUGCCGGCCACAGACCUCCAAGCUGAAGGCCAUGAGGCUGCGGUGCUCGGGGGGCAUGCGGCUCACGGCCACCUACCGCUACAUCCUCUCCUGCCACUGCGAGGAGUGCAACUCCUAGGGACCCAGGGGCGCGGCGGACGGGGCACAAGGGGCUGCUGCUGUGGGGGAAGACUCCCAAGAAACAAUCCGAGGUCAGGCUGGUGCUCCCAGCAUAGGAUUGCAGCCGGGACAGGACUAACCAGGCUGGACUGAGUCUGAGAGCAGAAGUACGGAACGUGCCGGAUGGUGCUGGUGUCGCACUGCGGGCUGUGACAAAGGAGAAAGCACGACUUGUUUUUAAGGAGUCUUUCUUUUAUUUUCCGAAAGGAUAUUUUUGAGAGUUUCUUCUUUUUCAGACUCAGCUCUGACUACAGAGAGGUGCUUUUACUUUUGGCCAUGGACAGCAGGGGAACAGAGAAGAAGGUCAGCCAGACGACAGCACUGCAGUCUGGAAACUGACAUUUGGACAGAGGAUGGGCAUCAGUUCCCACAGACAACCUCUUAGCCUAACAAUUUAUUCUCAGUUUUCUAGUUAUACUGGCCUUCAAAGCAAACCGUGCUGUUGGCAAGGGUCAUCUGUCACUGACCUAGUGGCCAAAUGCUGGAUAACUUUAACUGUGGUUUAAAUUACAAAUAAACCAUUGAAAAGUGAA